AUGACCGCAUUUUUAGCGGGUGGAUUUUGGAGCGACUGGUUGGUAUUUGCGAACGACAGUGACGCUCUUUCGGCCAAGACCGAUUGCCGGCGGGGGUGCGGCGCUACGGUUUCGUUCUUCGACCAGGAUUCCUAUCUGAAGAAGUGGCUCUUUCACCAAGACGUGGAAGAACAAUCUGAGCAGCACCUCCAGGACCCCGACGUAGUACAACACCACGCGGGCAAGGCUUCUCUUCGUCGUGCUCGAACUAAGAAGCCCACGCCGACGAGUCUUAAGACGUCCAGGCGAGUCGAUCUGCUGUUCAGAAGAGGUACGCACAGGGUACAGCCCCUUUCUCAACUACAAGCGUCUCAGUCAGCGUUAAAAUUUCGCAGGGGAGAAGUAGACAUGGCAACGAGUUCCUGUGUGUAUGCGGAGGUACCGAAGAGUCUUCGCGAAGAUUUCUUACACCGUUGUGCAACUACUGUUCUCCACAAAAAUGAUGUUCCAAGAACCAGGAGCCAAAGCGGCUACCUGCCGCUUGCGCAAUAUAAUGACGAGGAUCCACCUGCGUAUGAUGGAGCCGCACUCGCGGCGAGGCACCAUAAUAGCAAACAUCGUGUGCGAAGCAAAAGUUCGUCCAGAUUUCUCUUUGCCCCUGAUCCAAAGGACGGAGAAAGUCUUGAUCAUGCAGGUGCAAAUCAGGAUAAGCAUGGCGGGCAGCAGCUAGGAGAUACAACGGCGAUGAGAACGCACGCACGUAGCCUCGCUGUUGUUUCGUCCUCAGACCACCCGGGAGGUGCUGUUCCUGGGCAGCGCAGGAGACAGGGGGAGCAGCCCCCUACGGAUGCGAGCACGGGGCAGCGGCGCAUGCGGGAACAGUUUGGCGACGACGAAGAGCCGACGAGCGACAAUAGUGUCGUGCGUGCGGGACGCAAGAUCAGUAAGGAGAUUCGGGUCAUGUUGUCGGACCUGUCGUGCCUGACCUUCUUUGAAACUUCGAUCCACACGGCAGGCUACGUGGGCAUGAUCAUUCUGGCCAAGGCCUUGAUGACGAACGGCAUGCCGUACCCUCUGUUUCUGAUCUUCACAGACCAGAUUGUCUGUUGCGGCGCGAUCAUUCUGCUGCGCCGCAUGGUUCUGCUGCACCAGGAUCGGCAGGAAACGCGGGAACAGCAAGCCUCGAUGUACAUCGCGGGUGCAGCAGGAGCUAGUAGUGCCAGUAGCACUUCUGCAAGACCGCUGGUGGGCGAGGACGCAACAUCAAGUGGAGCUCGCGAGGAGCCAGGAAUGAACCGCGGGGGUUUUUCUGUCGACGGACCCAUGUUCAUACGAGAACACAGCGGCACUGCAAGUCCUGGAACCACCAGCGGCACCACGCCCCGUGCAGCGACGUCGCCACUGGAAUCUUGGAUCGGACCGGUGAGCACGAGCUUUAGUGCGCUUCGCGAGGUUUUGCCGCUUUCCGUUCUGAAUGUUGGCACUGGGGCGACCGGCAUGGCGAGCAACUUGUUUCUGUUUCCCGAUGUGACGGAAGCGAUUCAGAUGACGGGCCCCGUGUUCCAGAUCCCGUUGUCCUUCUUCGUUCAGGGUGAGAAAUUUUCGACCUACACCUUGCUCUCCUUACUCCCGCUGUGCGUCGGCGGCGUUUUGUGCUCUGUCGGCGAAGUGAACUUCAACUCGGUCGGAAUGACGCUGGCCAUAGUGUGUGUUGGCUUUCGCGCCGGGCGCAUGCUGUUCACCGCAGUUUUGGUGGACAAAAAAGCAAAUGAGCUUUUGCUUGCUGGGCGUGGUCCUGGGGAGCGCCUCGUGACCGCGGAAGGCGACGAGCAACAGGAUGAGGGCACCUCUACUGCUAUUUCAACUGAAGGUCUUGCGCUCGAGGCAGACGAAAUAGCAACGAGAAACGCAACAAAUGCGCAGGAAGAUGCAAAGAGCGAGUACAGCCCGGGACACGGGGCGCACAACCGCCGUCGCCGCCACAUCGUGCUGGACCUUGCGCUGUUAGCAUUGCCGGUAAACGCUACGGGUUCGUUGCUCAUGUCGUUGCUGUUUGAAGGGAGGGCGCCGUGGAUUCACGUGCUCCAGCACCCCUGGGCUUGGCAGUCGAGCGUAAUUUUGCUGAAGGGGUUUUCUGCCGCCUGCUGGUACGCAACCGAGUUUUUGCUGAUUGAAGAGCGCGGCGCCGUUUUCACCAGCAUCAUCGCUAACGUGAACCGAGUGUGCUGCAUCGCGACGGACCUGCUUGUCUUCCACAACCCGGUCUCGCUGAUUCAGGCGGGCGGGUUCGCGCUCACCGCUGGCGGCCUCAGCAGCUACCUGUUUUCCAUUGUGGGUCGCGACCGCAAGGUGGGGCCGUCGGAGAACGCGUUCAGUGGGCAGGAAGUUGUACUCGAGGACGUGGUGGAGCACACGGGCAGUGAGGGCGAGGAAAAUGUUCAGGUGAUCCGCCACGUCCCCGUCGACAUCACGACAGGCCAAGCUGCACCUCGGGAUGUUGAAGGGGGCAAACAGACGACCAAAGCCAGUAGCGACGGCAGCAGCAUUGUCGCGGAAAAGCAACCACCGCUGCCGGCCACCGACCAAGGAGCUGUCGCGAGGCGAACCGGCAUGGGUGCGCCGGAUGACUCGCAAGGGAGAAGGCGAGCCGGACAGGGGUCUAAUCCUAACACAGAAGAAGGACAAACGACCGGCGGGGGCGGAGAGUUGAAGAAUCGCGUGUGAGGAGCCCAUCGUGGAUGAGGGGCUGUACAUGUGCACUGCUAUUGCCUGUGUAUGGAGUAUAUCCACGCAACGAACGCAUGUGCAGCUGCUGCAGGAUCGUGACCUUUUUCCUGCAUGACCUAGUGGGGUUGACAGCAAAUAAGAAACGUUGUCAAGGAAUGAAAUUUCGAGACCUUGAACUUGUAGUUGGCAGAGUGAGUACUCCGAACUGUUUUGUAAGCUCGGUAAAGAGCUAGCUUUGUGAAGGUACUAGGCAAAGAACUUUGACAUCCGGGACAAACGACCGCAUCCUGGAGUCUCACGCAGACAAGGGCGACAGAUUACAUCGAUCGAAUGUGGCCACGCACCAGCAAUCAUUCAAUGCCAAUGAAUAUUGCUCGCACUGCUCUUGUUUAAUACCGAAGUCCUGACCUGGUUGUACUCGAC